UGGUAGAAGUUUACCAACAUUUCAUAGGUCCUUUGUGCCUCCAUUUUCCAUUUUCACCAAGUUAUUUACAUAUAAUGGAAACGUAAGAAGUAUUUGAUUUUCAACUUGUUUGAGGCAGAAGCAUCAGUCUAAUUAUAUAUAUGCAUUUUGUGAGAUGUUUAUAGUCCAUUUCUGCGUAUACAGGUGUAAAGGUAGCUUGCCUAAAUAAUACUGUAUUUAAGAAUGCAGUUCGUACCGGCAAAGAAAACACCACAUUUCACUGUUUCAAAGAUCAAUUGGUUAAUACUAUUUAAAGAAUCAAUCCCUGUUUACAGUGAGAAACUUGACCUUGAGAAAACACAGAGUAAUUGAAUGUUAAACCAGGUGGCACAUGUGGUUACCUCUGGGCCUUUAAGGGUUAAGUAACAACGAUAACAGCUUCAUAUCAUGAUUAACGCCAUUUUAUUUCAACCUGGAAACUGUUGCCUCUGUCAUGAGGGCGAAGUGUUCCCCUGUUAAUGUAGGUAGUAAGCACCUCUGAUGCGUCUGUCGGCUUCCACCAGACUGCAUGGCACAGUAUCCCAGACAGCUGUCAUCUUCAUACCCGCCUUCGCAAAAACCAAAAAUCUCAGUACGCAAGUUAAUAUGAAGAAUAUCCAAAGAUACCUCUCCAGUUACCUAGGAUAUGUAUAAACUCUACUAGACCUCAAAGGUGGCCCAGAAAUGGUUGUAGUUACAUCUCUACUUAUGUUACACAUUCAGUUUUCUUAUUGCUAAGAAGAAGGAGCCAUAUGGUACUUACGUCUACUGUUGGUUGACUGAUGACCUGUUCUAUUUUUCUAAUAAAUACCAACUUCGUAUUUAUCAGGACUGAGUUGUCUUUUAUGUUAUUGGAAGCAUUGUUUCCUUAAAACAGAGAAUUAAUUUUUAUGAAGUGAGACAUGUCUUGAGAACAAGUCACCAGACCGUUUUGAAGUAAAGUGGUAUGAAGGUGAUCAUACAGUCACAGAAGAACUGAAUGUUAACGUUAAAAAUGCAGUAUUCAGUUGUGACUGGAAUUGUUUCAUUUGCGAGUGUUACAACACUUGUGUGCAUCAUCAUUAUAUGGCAGCGUACUCUGACAUCUAUGGGGUCCAGCCCUCCAGAGCUGGUGAAUGUAUCCUUGGUGAAAGCUGUGACAGAAGUAGAUAAUGUUUCAAUUGUCACCACUACUUUACCAGAAUUAAGCACUAAUUAUGUCGUAUCUACAGCAUUACGUCUAAAUAGUACAACUGAAGGAUUCAAGAUCAGUCAACUCGAUGGAACUUUGUUGCAACGUAAUAAGAUAAAAGAGAUGAUGAAACAUGCAUGGGAUAAUUAUGUGCGCUAUGCAUGGGGGAAGAACGAGCUUCGUCCAAUCAGUAAACGAGGUCAUAGCGCAAGCAUCUUUGGAUCGAUGUCUCUGGGUGCAACAAUUGUCGAUGGUUUGGACACCUUGUACAUUAUGGGGUUGGAAGAGGAAUUUAAACAAGGUCGGGAUUGGAUAGCAGAGAAUUUUGACAUCAACUCUGCAACCACAGACCUCUCAGUAUUUGAAACAAACAUUCGUUUUAUUGGUGGUCUUCUGACGUGCUUUGCUCUGACGGGAGAUGUUAUGUUCCGGGACAAAGCUGAACAGAUUGCAAAGAAGCUGCUGCCAGCAUUCCAGACCCAAACUGGCAUUCCUCACUCCCUAAUCAACAUAAAGACAGGGGCAAGCAAGAACUAUGCCUGGGCAAGUGGUGGCUGCAGCGUAUUGUCUGAGGUAGGAACACUGCAUCUUGAGUUUGCAUACUUGUCAGAUGUGACAGGCGAUCCAGUGUACCGUGCCAAAGUGGACCACAUACGACGUGUGAUCCAGAGCAUGGACAAACCACGUGGUCUGUAUCCCAACUACAUCAAUCCAAAGACAGGAAAAUGGGGUCAACAUCACAUGUCAAUGGGUGGACUUGGUGACAGUUUCUAUGAGUACUUGUUGAAGGCAUGGCUUCAGUCAGGACGGGAAGAUCAGGAGGCGCGGCAGAUGUAUGAUGACGCCCUACAUUAUGUUUUAUUGCAUAUGCUAAAGGUAUCACCUGGAGGCCUCACCUUUAUUUCUGACAUGAAGUUUGACCGACUAGAACAUAAGAUGGACCAUCUGGCAUGCUUCUCAGGGGGUAUGAUCGGGCUCGGAGCUCAAACUCUGAAGAAUGAUUUGUCUGAACGCUACAUGGGGAUAGCUGAGGCUAUUACAAACACUUGCCAUGAGUCAUAUGACCGCACAGCAACAAAACUAGGGCCUGAGGCAUUCCGUUUUACUGAGGCUAUUGAAGCUAAAGCACUCAAGAGCAGUGAAAAGUAUUACAUCCUCCGGCCAGAAGUGAUAGAAUCAUACUUCAUUAUGUGGAGGCUCACAAAGCAGCAGAAAUAUCGGGACUGGGGCUGGGAGGCUGUUCAGGCAAUUGAGAAACAUUGCAGAGUAGCAGGUGGUUAUACGGGACUCAAAAAUGUUUACCUGGAAGAUCCUCCAAAGGAUGAUGUACAACAGAGUUUCUUCCUUGCAGAGACGUUGAAAUAUCUGUACCUGCUGUUCAGUGAUGACAGUCUAAUGUCUUUGGAUGAGUGGGUAUACAAUACAGAAGCACACCCUCUUCCCAUCAAGGGAGUAAACCCUCUAUACAGGGAGCAAGUAUAAGACUUGUAAUCUUAGGGUUUCUGAUUGCAACUUCUAGUAUGUUAAUUUAUUUAUUACAGGUGAUAUUGUUAAACCAGAAUGCUGUAAAUUUAAUGCAGACGAAUGAAGUUACUGUAGUGAUAAAUUUUAUGAACAAAACCAGUAUCAAGAGGGAGCAGUUCUGCAAGAUAUGAGGCUGAAUCAUGUGUUGGUGUAAGUCAGUGUUGAAUAAUAUGAAUUAAUGGACAGGUAAGAAAAGAGAACAGUGUCGUGAAUGCCUGAAGAAUGAAAGACUGAGGAUGUAUGCCAUUUUUCACAUUGUGAGAUAGUUGGGUUUUUCUUCUGUGCAGAUAGAUGCGAUCUUGGAGAAUGUUGGUGCAGGAACUAAAUUGACGAUUUUGCUCAAGUGCGAUGAGAAAUAAUUAUAAAUGAACUGUGACUGUAGAUUAUACUUCAUGGAAACCUGCCACAACCUGACAAAAGGAGUGUUUCUUAACCUCUUUAACUUCCUUUCAUCCCCAGAACUGUUGCUUAACCUCAGGUGUUUUAAUUUGUAUAACAGUUGGAAUUUUGAGGAAGUAGGGAAGUACAGGAGCAUUUCAUUCCUCUGUAUAGAAAACAUUUUUCCAUUGCCUGAAUGGUUCAUGAAACGGAUGUUUUUAUCUGUGUUGCAGCAGCAAAAUAUGGAUUACCUGCCUCACUUUCAGUAGUUUGAGAUUUUGAGUCUCUUAUAUUUGGCACUUAAUGUAAUGAAAUGCACGAAGAGUAGUGAAUAUGUUGGUAAUAACAGAGACGGAGUUUGACAUAUAAGAAGUACAUUGAAAUAAAUAUGGAUAGUUAAUUAGUGAACCAGUUGCCAGAUUUGAUAGUUGAAAUUCAUGAUAUUUAUAAAGAUGACAAUAAGAAAAAUAUUACAGUGUGCUAUGUGCAUGUAGCACAAGUAUAUGUUUUGAUUUUAUCUUUGCUGUUUGUAGUUUUAAUAGCAUCCCUAGGAGAAAGCAGUAUAAUCAUGAUUGUUUGACCUGUUGUGUCAGUUUCACUGAAUUCACGUACUUCCCAUAACUGGCAGUAUUAUGAUUUCAUUAUAGAAAGUUAAAAAAAAUGUAAGAAAUUGUGGCCAGGGAAUGAAGGCUUUCUUGGUGGUUUCUUAUUGUAACUCCAUGCAAUCAUAUCUUACUUAACAUUUUAUAGCCCAAAUAGGGCUUUGAAUGAAAAUUCAGGAACUUUCUCUUUAUUUUCUAUUUGGGUCGUGACAGGAUUAUUUACCCUGAAUAGAUGGAGGUGAAAUGUUGCUCCAGUAAGCUUGGUAAUUUGUACCUUAACAAUUAAGGCAAUCUGUUUCUCUGAAAUGUUGGUGAACACCUGAACAGUUCUCUGUGACAACCUCAGACCUCAUAUUUUUAUUUGGUGUUCACUGAAGAAAAACAGAGGUAGCAAGUUUCUUCUUGUGUAAUAACUGAUUUAUAUGGGACGUUAUUACAGGCCCAUUAGUAAGUGUUCAUUUUUUGAGACUGGUCUGUUGUUAACCUUUAUUUUCCAUACUUUGCAUCUCAAAUGCAUUCCAGCUUUAUAUGCUAAUCUGCUAACCAUGCAGUUCAAGUCCAGCCUGCAGCUCCAUAGCUUUGGGGUUUAAAUUGCCUUUUCCCACAUGAUUAAGGUGAAAUAUUGCUUUCUUGUCUCUUGAAACUUGAUCUGUUAUUACCAUCAUUAUAGAAACGUAUGCUUACAUUGUUGAUUGUUGAAUUUUGUGGGUAUUUAUUUAUUUUAAGCCUUUCAUCUAUUAUUGAACAAUGCUGUGUGAUGGCAUAAAAUGUGUAAAGUCAUCAGAUAACUUGUGUUAACCCUUGUGGUCCCAAGUUCAGUAAAUUGACUGAGAUUGUCAACAUCAAUUAGACUGAUAUUUCAUUCUUGUAUCUCCCAUUUUUUAUUGCUAUGUGCAACUUCUCUCAGAUGGCAGAAAUGAUAGAUUAUACCAUGUAGGAAUUAUGAAUAUUCAUAUCUAAAGACUGUACAAAGCCUGGUUCUUUUUGCAUAUUAGUGAUUUUGGAGGAGGAAAGGUGAAAAUAUAGAAUCAGUGGUUACAGUCUGCUUGAAUGAAAGCUAGCCUUAUUAUGAAGGAGGUUGUAUAGAAGUGCCCACAGAACAGUGCAGUAGCGCAUGAAGCUUCUUUUACUUGCAAGAACCAUACUGAAGUUCCUUAAACCUAGUUUAGAUACAGUAAGGUUUGUGAAGGUUGCAAGCAUUGUAAUUGGUGGUAAAUGAGAAAUCAUUUACUCACUGAGCAUACUCAGAUAUAGAAGAUGAUAUUUUGUUGUAAGUUUUGUUUUAUUCUCUUCUAGAACCAGUAAUGUGAACGUCUUUCAGAGGUUUGGUAUUAUGUUGAUCAUCAUUAGGCUUGAACAAAAGAAAAUUUUGUCAUACCAUGUGAUUUUUAACAUGUUGUUUUAGUAACACUUUUUUGUCCUUUAAGAGAUCAAACAUAUUUUCUGACAGAGCUGCAAUUCUUUACAACCUCCUUGCAUUUAAUCUUGUCUGUCUUCUGUUAAUUUCAAUUUUAUUUUGAACUGUUUAUCAAGUAUUUGGGAUGACAUGGAAUUCAAAUAACAUUGGUUUUAUUAUGAUCAUUUUGUCUAGAGCAAGGAUGGGUAACCAGUUUGUAGCAACAGGUGAUGAUACUCUUACCAGUCAUUUUUUUUGCUUGUUUAUAUUCAAAUAAUGAAAGAACUGUUGUGUAGAAAUGUAGGUAAGUUAUUUGUUACAAAUGUUUUAAAUGUUGAUGUUGGUCUUCUGGGUUAUAAUGCCAUGUGGACUUGCAGGUCGAUACUAGCAUUUUGGAAAAACAUACUGUCUCCGUCUUCAGAGCUUAAGUGGAUUUUUUGAGAGGUGAAUAGUUAAAAAAUGUCAGCAGAAGGAAUGCUGAUAUCUGCCUACAUGUCCACACUGUGUUUCAACCCAGAAUACCAAUAUCGAUAUCUUCACCAUUGUAAGAACCUCAAAUGUCAUAUGAUUAUUUUGUAGCCUGUGAUACUAGCAAGCACUAAGCAUAAAGUUUUUAUAUACAUAUUAUUGCAAAUGAUAAUUAUGUGGUUUUUCUUGUGUUGUAGCAUGUAUUUUGUUAUACAUCACAAAAUUAUCAUCUAUCUUUUAUUUUGACAUUUUAAACUGUGUGUGUAUUGUCAACUGUUUUUUAGAAUGUGAACAAUACAUAUUUUAUGAUAUUUACAAUAUAAAGUAUGCUUCUGGAGUAACAGGGUUUGACUGUCACCCAGAAAGCUGUCAUGAAUAUUCACUUGCAUAUUGUGUUUCCCAUAACUGCUCUAGAAGGGUGUUUCAGUAGAAUUAAAUUGUAACUGUAUAAUGUUAGGUAUAAUUUAUCUUGAGAUAUGCUUAGUAUUUCCUCAUUCUUAAACCCUACAUAUAAUACUAAGCACUAUAAAUUAUUGUAUAGAUUUCUGUUAGCAUUGCCAGAGGUUCUCUAAAGAGUAAACAGCUACAAUGUUGUGUGAAGAGUGUUUCACAGGAUUUAUAAGUAAUUAUAUCAUGUAUGGUCAGAAGAAGAGAGAUUCAUUUAAAUAAUAAAAUUCCAGUUUUUUU